AUGCACCGACACAUGCGCACCCACGAGAAAAAGAACGAGACAAAGAGAAAUUAUUUAAAACUUAAACAGAAGGGGCUCGGUUCUCGAGUCGGGGCUUAUGCAGGGAAAAAUGCCAGCAGUAUCCCUUCUGCUGCGAAAAUAAACGACUUGCAUGGAGACAUUACGUCAUUGUGGAUAGAUGUACAGCCUAAGAAAAUAAAACCCAACUCACUAACUUCACCCACUAAUUUAAUUGUGCCAUCAACUCAACCAACACAAGAUGCUCCACAGGAUCUUUCGCAGAAGUCUAACACCUCAUUACUACAACAUGAUGAUAUCAAGAGAGAGGAAUUUGGUGAUCCUUUUGAAAAUUCUCCCCUUGAAAUCACUAAAGUUGAUUUUUCAACGAUCAAAUUUCCUUUGAUAUGUGUUGCUCAAGACAAGAGAAGUAUUUCCCGACAGAAAAGUUUCCAGCAUAAAUACAGCUGUACUCGGUGCUCAAGUACUUUCCCAUGUCAGAAGGCACUGGACUUGCACUAUCAAGACCAUUUCCCAGACCAGCCAACCUCUUGCUCAACUUGUAAAGUCACCUUUAACUCUACAGAGGAGUUUAAACAACACACCCUCCAUUAUCAUCAAGAUCGAGGCAAGGAAUGCCAGAGGGCGUUCAUGAAUUCUUUGAACCUUACUUCCUGUUCAGGAACUCGGUCUGUUUCUCCAAAAUCUGAAAUUAGUACAAGUGAAAUUGCACCUGUAAAUAAACGAAGCAAUUCUGAAAGUCAGUUGUCAGGUUUGGAAUCACCCAAAAUUUCUUUUGAAGAAGCAAGUUCUCUGAAAGAUUUUGGAGAAUCCAACUUGAUGUCUGAAAAGACUAAGAAUGAUUCUAAAGAUGGCCUCCCUACUAAUGCACACCAAGGCAAGGCAGCAAGUUUGGCAUCAAAGAAGAAGUCCAGCUAUACAUGUUCCUACUGCAAUCAGAUAUUUCCUAAUACAAGGGCUGCUAAAAGUCAUGAAAGAAGUCAUCUUGGUUUGUCUCCAUACCAAUGUAAGUCUUGCAGCUACUCAAGUCCUGACAAAAGCACAUUAAUUCGACACAUGAGAACCCACAAUGGUGAGAGACCUUACCAGUGUAAGCUCUGCAGCUAUCCUUUCACCACGAAAGCCAACUGUGAACGACAUGUCAAGAAGAAGCAUCAUAUCAGCACGAAGGAAGAAUUGGAGCUGAAAGUCUCUUACAACAAGGAAAGUAACAAAGAAGUACCAAACGGAGAGGAUGCGUUCAGCUCCCCUGAUACAGUAUGUAAAUACUGUAACAUUGAUUUUAAAUACUUCCGCCACCUUAAGCACCAUCUACGGAAACAUCGUAGCAGUGAGGAAAAACCAUUCCGCUGUAAGGAAUGUCAAAUGGGUUUCUCAACAAAAGCGAACUGUAUGCGCCAUAUUCAAAACAAACACAUUGAUAUUGAUCAUGUUAAUAUUGAGAACUUUAUCAUAGUAAGUGGUCUAAAUUACUGUGCAAAAUAG